UGUAGCCAUGCACUCGAACCGCCCACGUUAUGCGAUUGAUAGGCCGGCAUACAACCUCCCAGAUUUUGACAGAGAGUUUGACAAGAAGAGUCGACAAUUCCCUGUUGGAGAGAAAGUGAAGAAACUCUUCAGAUGCUCUGUGUCGAGACUGAAGGGCUUGUUAUUCAGACAUCUGCCUGUGCUUAGCUGGCUUCCCAAGUACAAAGUGAAAGAAAACCUGCUAUGUGAUGUCAUCAGCGGGGUCAGCGCUGGUACCAUUCAGGUUCCCCAAGGCAUGGCAUUUGCCCUCCUGGCAAGCCUCCCUCCUGUCAACGGUCUCUAUUCUUCUUUCUUCCCCCUCAUCCCUUAUUUCUUCAUGGGCACUGCUCACCAGAUGGUCCCAGGUACAUUUGCUGUCCUCAGCAUUAUGGUGGGAAUCGUGUGUCUUAGGCUGGCCCCAGAGUCGGACUUUAGUCAUUUCAAUGCCACUCUUAAUGCUACAAUAGUGGACACAGACCUGAUGAAUGAGGUUCGCCUGGGGAUAUCUGGAACCUUGGCCUGUCUCACUGCAAUCAUACAGAUUGGCCUUGGCUUCAUGCAGUUUGGGUUUAUAGCCAUCUAUCUGUCGGAAUCCUUCGUCAGAGGCUUCAUGACUGCUGCAGGAUUGCAGAUCCUCAUCUCAGUGCUCAAGUACAUCUUUGGCAUCAAAGUACCACCUUAUAGUGGUCCGCUGGCUGUUAUAUAUACUCUCAUAGAUAUUAUACGUGGCCUUCCUGAUACCAACAUAGCAUCGUUACUAUUUGCACUGGUCAGCAGCGUAGUACUGAUUGUGGUGAAGGAGCUGAGUGCACGCUACCGCCACAAGCUGCCCUUCCCCAUACCUAUGGAGAUCAUUAUUGUGGUGGUGGCCACAGCCAUCUCAGGCCCUCUGCAUCUUCCUGAGAUCUAUCACAUGGACAUAGUGGGAGAAAUUCCUUUGGGAUUCCCUGCACCAAUCCUGCCCACAGUGAGUCAGUGGGAAGACAUGUUGAGCACAGCGUUCUCCCUGGCAAUCGUGGGGUAUGUCAUCAACUUGGCUAUGGGCAGGACACUGGCAGCCAAGCAUGGCUACGAUGUGGAUCCCAACCAGGAAAUGUUGGCUCUUGGCUGCAGCAAUUUCCUCGGGGCCUUCUUUAAGAUCCAUGUGAUCUGCUGUGCCCUGUCUGUGACCCUGGCUGUGGACAAUGCUGGUGGAACAUCACAGUUUGCCAGUUUUUGCGUGAUGCUGGUUGUAAUGGUUACCAUGCUUGCAUUGGGAGCCUAUCUAAGACCACUUCCAAAAUCAGUACUUGGAGCCUUGAUUGCAGUCAACCUGAAGAACACACUCCUACAGCUCUCCGAUCCCUAUUACUUAUGGAAAAAAAGCAAAUUAGACUGUUGUGUGUGGGUUGUGUCGUUCUUGGCCACAUUCUUUCUCAGCUUGCCUUAUGGAGUUGCUGUCGGAGUAGGCUUUUCCGUCCUGGUAGUGAUAUUCAAGACACAGUUUCGUAAUGGUUCGGCAAUGGUUCAGAUUGUGGACACAGAUAUCUACAAAAACCCAAAGGUGUACAGCAAGGUCAUGUCAAUAACAGGUGUGAAAAUAGUGAACUAUUGCUCACCGCUCUAUUUUGCAAAUGCUGAAAUAUUUCGCCAAAGGGUCAUCAAAAAGACCGGUCUGGACCCUGGCAAACUUAUCCUGGCCAGGCGGAAGUUCUUAGAGAAAGAACAGAAAGAAAAGGCAAAAGAGGAGAAAAAGAAUAAGGUGACAAAAAGGAGGAAACCCAGCUCUUUGGUCACAAUGAAGGCUCAAACCAUAUCUCAGCUUGAACUGCAAAAUGACUUUGAUAUGAACAAUGGCAGUGCCAACAAACCUGAACCUCCCACCAGCUAUGUCAACUUCCGCAGUAGUGACAUUGAGCUGGGUGAGCAGGCACCUAACCAAGAGCCACCCAGUCCCACUGCUGUCACACUGGAGUCCCACCCCAUGCCCUUCCACACCCUCAUCCUCGACUUGGCAGGGGUCUGCUUCAUAGACCUAAUGGGCAUCAAAGUAUUGACAAAGAUGAACUCGAGCUACACAAUGCUGGGCAUUAAACUAUACCUGGCUAAUGUUCAAGCCCAGGUGUAUGAGGAACUGGAGGCUGGAGGAGCUUUUGAUGACGGCAAUAUUGCACGCAGUAAUCUCUUCCUUUCUGUCCACGACGCCGUUCUGUUUGCUCAGCAGACCACUGGAGAAAGGCGAUUCUCCUCAAAGGCAGAGAAAGCCAGACAUGAACUUGCUUUUAACAUGAAUGAGGACAAGGAUCUGGAGCAGGAAAUGUUUUAGCACUGAUUGCUGUCUGAUUGCUACAGUGAAGAUUAGCAGAAGAAAAAUGCUGGAGAUACUAACAAGUUACAGCCAUCUUGGAUGUCACUGUAAUUUAUGGAAGUCUAUUGUUGCCAAAUUACAUUAUGUGCUUGAUCUUGUAUCUUUUUGCUGACUACCAAUUAUCUAAAUAAAAUGUUUUACUUUGUGGUUUGACAGGGGGUGGUACAAACCAACACAAGGAAACCCCAAUAAAAAGCCAGAACAGAUAAUGAGGGGAACUCAGUUCAUCCACCCCUCACAGAAUAACUGUGUAGUGAACCUGCUGACUUCGCAGUCAUAUAGAAGUGGUCUUGUAAUUAACUGAGAGUGUGCAUGGCCACAGCUGUGAGGUAUAGCCAGCUGAGCAGUCUGGCUAAGUCCCUGUGGAGGCAAGACACCGAGAAAGGCUAAACACAAAUGAAAGGAGAAAUACAUAGCAUCAGCAGUUUCAUGACUUUGUAGCCAUGAAAACUCUAUUAAGUACCACAGUCUCCAUCAUUUUCCAUAAGGCCGAAUAAAGCUACAACAACCAAAAUAACACUUCUAAUUGUUGCUAGUUGCAUCAGUAGAGUGACUGUAACAAAGAAAAAUAUGUGGGCCAACUAACUUGUGUUUGUCUAGCAGGUGCUUAAAGGCCUGUGGUGUCUAGCCUAGCAGCAGGCUGACAGUGGUGUUGGUAUGCUUGUGAUGCAUGAAUGGAUUUAUGAAGCUAUUAAGAAAUCAUCCUAAGGUAUUCUGGCACACAUCUGCUCCUCUGCUCUCCUUCCUCUCUGCAGCAAAUUGGCACCACAAGUGAUUACAAGGUUUCUAUGGCCAUCAGCUUUAAUUUGGAGCUCUGGGAAAGUCUCUCAUCACUUAAUAGUGUGUGUGUUCAAUUUCAUCACCUGCUGCUCAUCCUCCUCUUUCUUUUCUCCCUCAUUGUUUUCAGACUGUCUGUAGAAGCCCUUUGCUUUGGCCUGAUUUAAUUAAUUUGAUCUAGGAAAAUAUUCAGGCUGAAAUAAUUAGUUUGACCAUCGUUUGUCACAAUGUUAUGGGCCACUAUGUCACUCUGCCCUGCAUUCCUUGUCUUGUUUGAAUGUAUAAGAAAAGACUGUCUUUUCAUAUUACAUUCUAAUUAUACAUAAACAUAAGCUAUGUCCCAGUUGUAAUUACAUACGGAUUCUAAUGUGUUGAUUAAGUAGUGGGUUCACACUGGAAAAGUGACAAAAUUGAAUCCUCUAACGGACACUAAGAAAUACUAAAAAGAUUUAGUAUUUAGUAAGAAGAGUGUGUAGUUAAUAGUCAAAUAAUGCAACGCACGGAAGAAAUGGAGGAGCUGUGGACAGCUGCUAAAAGUCACAACAAAUUAUAAAGUAUUAAAUCUUUGGAAAAACUUUUCUUUGUGAAGUUGAACUGGCAGAGGCAUUCCAACACAGCAAUGUGGCACAUGUAUCAUUUCCUGUACUGUACAAAAUGAGUAUAUACUGCAGUAUUGAAUUGGGACACAUGCUACCGUCUCUGUUAUCAGUCAGGGUAAGCACAGUUGUGGGGUUGCAGUUCCUUGCUCAGGGGCGGUUUUCAGAAAUAGAUUUAACAGCAGUAACACUCUUUAGUUUCCAGCUCACAUCUGAAAUCCACACACUGAUCGGUGCUAGGCGACCUUUUGUUACUCUCUCUGCCCUCAUUACAUUUAAAGUGAGGGUGUAAUGCAUUUAUUCUUUUUCCUUUUAUUUAAAUUUAUUGUAGGCUUUGGCCUAUUUUGUGUUUUAAUUUGACCUUCUUGAUAUUGUUCCUUAUAAUUACCCCUUAUCAGUAAAGCUAUAGGUAGAAGAAAACCUUAUCCUUUCUGGAGGUCAAAUGAUGAUUACAUUAAAUUAUAAAAUGCCUCUGGCUAAAUCCGUUUUCAAAUGAGAUACUGUUAUAAUGGACUAGCUUCUCAAUCCCUGUAAUUGCAAGUUCACAUAAAAAUUAAUUUUACACCCUUUGCACAUUCAUUGACCAUGAUGGUUUAAUUAACAAGGUCCCUUUUAGAAAUUUGAGACAGAGAGAUUUAUGUAUUAAAUUUGUUUACACGCCCAGUGGUUUCAUACUAUUGAGACUAAUUGCAUGGUGUCAGAGGGUAUCUCCUUGUUGAGUCAUGGGACCUUGUCAUUUAGCACUCGCCGGCUUUUAUGAAGAGCUGUCCCUGAGAGAAUAUUCAGCUCUGACCUUUCAGAAUCAAGAUUUAAAUUUGGAGCGCUUUAAUAAAGAGUCAGUAAGCCAAAUUUUAUUAAAAAAAGACUGUAACUUAAAUUGGCUGUGGGCAUGUAAGCGCCAUCUGAGGUAAUAAGGAUAACAGAGCAACCAAAACCACUUCUGUAAAUUUUAAUAAUGGCUGUUUGUCAUUGAUCAAGCAACAGCAGUUGGUACUUUGCAUAUGCAUUAUAUAUUCCUACUUUUGGGGAUCUAUUCUGCUUCAUUAACAAACCAAUUUGCAGGAAUCAUAAAUCUUGAUUGUGCAAUGUCAGCAAAUUGUCUUUGGACAGGGUUUGUUUACAAAGUUGCUGAAGGCAAAUCUGACCACUGAUAACUGGUAUUAAUUAAUGUUGCGUAUUGUCUCAUUCCAGUAGUUCAACAGCAAUCAAAUGCACCAACAAUGGAACAUUCUCUGGUAAUUAAUUAAGGCAUAAAAUGAUUGAGUCUGCGUCUCUGACUGGAGGAUGGUUAAUUAUUUAUAGUUAAAUUAAGCCACAACCCCAUGUCUGAUGGAAAAUACAGCGCAACCUGCUUGCCAUUUUUGUUUUUUCCUUAGCAACUUGUAGAUGCAAUGAGUUCUUUCAUUUCACGGUACCGUUAUUGCAUUAAAAGUAAUCACUGUGUUAAUUAUUUCAAAAGACAUUGACCUUUAUGGAUUGAUAAAAACUACAAACAGAGUUUUAAAUUCAGGCUGCAGAAAAGCUCCGAGAUGUCUGUAUUUUUAUGUUUUUAAUACAUUUUGGGGGAAAGGAAGGAAGGAAUUUAUUUAAAUUCCAUAAACAGUAUCAUAAAUGAAAGCUGGGACAAGAAUAUAAAGCUAAAGAAAGAUAAACAAAUUUGACCUUCCUUCUGAAUAUGCCAUCAAGACAAAGGUAGAUUUGCAGCUAUCAUGUGGGACAGAUAUGCAAAUGAGUGUCAUCAGCAAGGUUUUUUAUCAUCCCAUCAACUCAUUAAACAGAGCGGCAGGUACUGUUUGCUCUCCUGUCUUCUUAUUAGAUAAAAAAUGCAGUGUGAUGACUACAGAUACCAGCUCCUUACUGAGCCGUUCAGUAUCAGCGGGGAAAUUAGACAAGACAAUGCAAAACAACGCAGUGUGGUGCAACGCUAAGGGAACUCAUUAGAACACUACAGCAUGGGAGGAAGCCACAUGAUGCUUUGCAACAUGUCAUCAGGGGUGUUGUGAGUGUUAUUACACAAUCAUAAUUUGAUAGCUUGUGCACAAUUACUUCAUUAAUUUUGAGAUUCUUGCAUGAUAAACUCACAGGCCAAAAGAUGUAAUAUAUUACGGUGGAUCAGAGCUCAUGAUUGGCUGCAGGUUAAAUUGAUCUGAAUUGAUGUUUGCUAUUUCAUGUUGUGUGGUUUUUUCUUCAAUGCACUAGUCUUUAAUGUAUUUGUCAAGGUUUAGAGUUACAUUGACAUUGACAGGAUGUGGAUGUGCUGUGAAUACGUGGUUAUAACCACAGCAACCCUGUAAGUUAACAUGUUUUUGAAGGAGACAAUGUUGUUUGAAGUGAUGAUUAGACUUAUGCACAGUAAGAGUAAAGGACUGGUUGACAGGUCUUGCAGAACCAUCAGUUUCACUUUAGCUACAUCUUUACACGUUGACAUACUGUAUUAAUGUCAGGCUUGAAGAAUUGGACUGUCACAAGGGUGGCUCAACUGACACUUGAAUCAGACUUUAGAGACAAAGACCAGCCGUGUCUGAGUGUCUAAAUGUCUGUCAGACGGCGUAGGCUGAGACCAUUAACCACACAAGCAUUAGUGAAAUUGCCCCCUGCUUCAGCUGCAUAAUAUAUCAGAAUCAUUAACACAAACAUUUGCAAAUUAGCUUUCCAGCAAGCUCUACAUGAAAGCGCUCCAUACAGUUCUCCAUAUAAUACUCAUUAACCUCAAAACACAAAGCUUACAAACUGAAAACAAAGGGAAAUGGAGAAGAGAAAACUCAAAUGGGUAGGAAUUUCAGUGGUUUGCUCUCUUGUUGUUUGGUGUCCCAUGGGUACCUCUGUCUCUGGUGCAGAGGAAACACACCUGUCUGAAACUCAGAGGAGAAAUCUCCUGCUUUUAUCUCAAUAAACAGACAAGCCAGGCAGCCAUUAUCCAAAGAGCUUUACUGCCUUUGUUUACCUCUCUAUAAUGACUCACCUGUCAUCAGGGGAAUUUAACUGUGGUGGUGAUUUAUUAACUCUUUUAAAUUAGAGCUAAAUUAAAUUCAUCCAUCUGAUGCGCGAAGAUUGACAGGGAGUCUAUUGCCUGGUCUUUGAGCAAUAUUAGACUUAGGGACAGCGGAUAUGUAAAACAUGAUAUUGUCUUAGCUUCAACACAAUGUGCUUUUUACCAUGCAUGAAAAAGGCAUCCUUUCCCUCACUUUUCACAAGUCAGUUGCAAUUUACAAGUGAGAUUUGUAGUUUGUUUUGUUGCAAAUCUACAUGCACUCCAGUACCCAAGACUGCACCCACAGCUUUGGUCAUUUAACGUGUUUAGGCUUAGGAGUAUUUUCCAUUUAUUGUGACAAUACCACUGCUUGGUGAUUCAGUGUGCCUUACUGUCUAAAAGCAGUUGUCUAACUGCCAGACGUUAUGCCCAUCUACUCACCUCUUUCUUGCAUUUAACAACUCCAAAUCAUCAAGGUGUAAAUGCUUCUCUGCUGCUCUUAGAGGUGCUGAAUAAAACAUAAUAUACAGUAUUUGUCAGUUUAAAAAAAUGUUUGAAUUUAUUUUUGUGAAAGUAAAACAUAUUACUCAUUAAAUGUAUUCCAGUACUAGGGUAAAGCAGAAUCAGAUCACAUGUCUUUUCAUAAUCUACUAAAGAAUCGCAGAAUGACUUUUAUUGCUCUCUCUAUGUGUACCAUUGUGAUAAAACAAUAUUAAACUACUCUCAUUUUCUACUAUUGCACCAUGCAGAAGGCUUAUUACAGCCAUUUAAAUCUGCUCAUAAAACUACAACUCUAAACUGUCAUUUCAAUUAUGUUGACUGUCUGCUGUAAUGACCUAUUGUGACCACAGGAUGGCACUGUGGCUUUAUCUGUAAACCCACUGAGCUGCUCUUGUCUGAUCAGCAGUAAAAACUUUGAAGAAGUCUCAGAUUCCCCCAAGGAAACCAUGAAAGACAAAGUUGUGAAAGCUGGAGCCAAG